GUCGGUCUCGACGGCAAACCGCAAUUGACACUCGCGGCCCGAGCUGCUCCGCUCCUCUUGGGAGAGAACUUCUCACGUGAGAACUUUUCACGUAAGAGCGUCUCGCUCGAGACACUCGCGACUGGUUGUGCGAGAGAUAGUCCAGUCGGGGCUUAGCGCAAUCCGAGGUUGUCGGUGUGUGAAAGGUGGAAGAGUCACUGAGGUGCCGAGAGACGAGUGGUGUUUGAUUUUGAAACGACGGCUUGUUUGAGAGGGAUUUCCGUCUGCUCAGCGGCUCGUUUUCGUAGCGGUCCACCGGCUCGGUCCUUCAGUCCAGCAGUCCGUCGGUCCGUCAGUCCGUCGGUCCACUCGUAAGACGCUGACGGGCUGCCACUGACGCCACUGACAGGCCGCCACUGACGCCGCUGACGGGCCGACGUUGACAGGCCGCCGCUGACGGGCCGACGUUGACGCCGCUGACAGGCCGCUACUGACGCCGCUGACAGGCCGCUACUGACGCCGCUGACAGGCCGCUACUGACGCCGCUGACGGGCUGACGUUGACAGGCCGCCACUGAAAGGCCGACGUUGACGGGCCGCCACCAUGUCGGAUGACGAGGCCGCCAGUUCCUCCGUGUCGGUCUACAUCUACGACCUGACCGCGGGCCUGGCGCAGAUGUUCUCACAGGCCCUGCUCGGUCAGCAUGUCGAGGGGAUCUGGCACACAGGCGUGGUGGCGUUCGGACGCGAGUACUUUUUCGGCAGCGAGGGAGUCCAGAGCUGCGCACCGGGCGGGACGAUACUGGGCGAACCCACUCGCGUGGAGCGUAUCGGUGAAACUGAGGUGCCUUACCAGCUCUUCCUGGAAUACGUCUUCGGACUCGGAGAGAGCACAUUCGCGCCCGGAAAGUACAACCUAAUUGAGCACAACUGCAACAACUUUGCCGACGAGGUGGCCACCUUUCUCUGCGGCCACGGCAUCCCAAAGUUUAUCCUCACACUGCCUGACGAGCUGUUGAACACACCCCUGGGUCAGACCGUCGCUCCACUGCUGGCCAGUUUAUCUCUGAAGCGUAGCCCCAACGACCCGCUUUCCGUGCCAGUGCGGGACGUCAGGAGCUCGAACAGAGAGGACAGUCCAGACUUCGUGGAGCUCAACCAGCGAGUCGAGGAGAUACGCAAACAGAACCAACUGCUCGACGAGAGACGCAGCUCGCUCAGCGAAAAACUCCACAAGGCGGAGAAGAAGAAGAAGAAACGCGACGGCAAGUCUCACAAGAAGCGUCGCUCGCGUGCCGGCUCUGCGGACCUUCUGGACGUAGAGGAGAGCUCGAGGUCGGAGCAGCGUGUCGGGUCCCCGCGCCGUGUCACCUUUAGCCAGCCGGAGGAGCCUCGUGGCCCGGCCGACGGUCAGUGCGGAGCCUCCAGCUCACCAGAGCUCAGCUCCCGGCCGCCCCCAGCACCAGCACCAGCGCGCUCAGCACCAGCUCGCUCAGCAGCAGCCAUGUCUGACGGCACGCCCCCGCCACCGGCCGAGACGCGCCCCCCGGCCCCGGGUGCCGAGGAACCGGAGCCAGAGAAGCCGCGCAUCCCGCCCGUCGUCUUCAAGGACGCCGUUAGUGAUGUAAAGGCUGAGUUUGACGGCCUCCUGAAGGCCGUGGACGGCCAGCUUGGCGACGAGGAGCUGCAGAACGUCAAGGAACUCAAGAUGUACAUGCUGGAAGACGAGGGAGCCUGGGCCCUUGGAGAGAACUUCAUCAACUUCCUGGGUCGGAUUCUGCACGACAAGUCGCUGCCUCCGGCGGCACGUGUACACCUGCUGAACCUGCUGUCCGUGGCGACCACCAAGGACGACUUCAUCCUGAUCCUGCACCAGGACCGGCGUGAGCACGUGAUCAUGAACUACGCCGAUGACGUGGACCGGCUGCCUACUGAGGAACAGACCGCUCUGUCGCUGAUGUUUGCCAACAUGUUUGACCAGAACGGCAGCAGCGAGUGGCUCCUGUACAUCUCCGAGUGGCAGAGCCCGCACAACAACAUGCCCAUCUCCAACAUUCGAGUCACCACUAAGGUGGCAGUGAACGCGCUGCUGGCCGACAGCGCCGAGAUGCAGGACCGCGGCACGGCCAUCAUGUACAACCUGGCGGUGAAGGAGGUAAAAACCGUGAAACUGAAAACUAACAUGAACAUGCGCAAAAUGAUGCCCGCUGGCAGCCUGAACAAGGUGUUUGAUGACGUGGCCACGGAACUGGCGAUGGCCAUUCUGCAGUACUUCCAGACGUCGCCACCAGAGGAGCGACUCUACAGGUGUAUGCGCGCCCUGGCCAAAUUCGCCCAGGUCUCCUACAACGAUGUGCCUCAGCUGAUCAAAAUGAUCGGGCCGGAGCCGGGAAAGUUCCGCGGUCAAUCGGCGAGGACCGACGAAUUGAUCGCGGAGUUGGAGACUCGCCUGGCACGGGUGCAGAUGUAGACUCGAGUCAGCGAGUCAGCGAGUCAGCGAGUCACGGAGUCAGCGAGUCGCAGAGUCAGCGCCCCCGGCCAGGAAGACGUACAGUCGGGAGGCAGGACGGUGCGCUGAUGUGGAAAAAGGAGAAGGUGCUCAGAGUUGGUGUGCUAGGGGUCACUCAGCUGAGCGGAAGGGGUGAUUUUGGGUCACGAGGCAGCCGCGUGUGACGUUGAAAAGGAUGAGCGGCCAUGUGCGGGUUAGUGAAUUCGCUUGAGGCGUGCGUGUGUUGAGUGACUUGGCUCAAAAUGAUGAAUUUGUUUGGUUUCGCUAUUUGGGGGCUUUUUAUGAAAAUCUAACGUCGCAUGGUAACAUACGGUCGCAGUCUUUCAUAAUGUAGCUCAAUUGCGACGAAUUAAUUACGAAAAGGGCAAAGGCAUUGAUUAGGCUGGCAAUGUCAUAUCUAUAGCAUGCCCAGGAGUCCCUCAUGAGCUAUCCUCAAAGCAAGCUUCAAAGGGCUGUAGCUUUGCGCUACAGCCCUAUAAUAAUAAAUAUAUAAUAAAACACCCAGAACAGCCACCAAAACAUCAAAGUCAGGGGACAAAAACUGACACUUGGAGCGUGUGUUUCCUGACAAGGAAAUUUCAGUUAUAUCUGAAAAGUAUGUUUGUCUAAUUCUAUGUUUGUGCGAGAUGUGCGGUUGUGUUUGUUAUUGCGUAGGUGUGCGGCUGUAUGCCACCUGAAGUGUUGUACAUUUAUAACGCGCCUUCGAUAUUGCGUCGUUAUUUGACGAUAUUGUGCCUGUCGUGUGCUCUAUUAACGUGACAUGCUCGUCGGGUCGUGCCGGACUAACGCAUCACUCUCGUCGCCGAAUCGCUUCUCGGCGAUAGAGGCAGGAUGCACGUAACGCUAAUUAAAGCGACUUCGCUUCAGGUUGGCUUCAGGGCUUCGUUCCCGGCUACCGGUCUCGAACAUCGAUCAUUUCAGGCGCUCUAUCUACUGUGUGUUCUUCUAGUCCGGGCUCCGGGCCCGUCCGCCGCGCUCAACUGGCCACUCUAACCGUGUCUGCCGCGCGCAUAAGCUGCGGCUCUGAUCGUGCAGGCGCCAUGCUGUUUUUUACAUAAACUCUCCCUAGUGA